AUGGGUUUCCGUUUACCUGGUAUUAAACGAGCAUCUAAGGGGGCUGAAAUCCCAAAAGGCUAUCUUGCAGUCUAUGUUGGAGAUAGUAUGAGACGGUUUGUGAUUCCUAUAUCAUACUUGAACCAACCUACUUUUCAAGAUUUACUGAAUCAAUCAGAAGAAGAAUUUGGAUAUUCUCAUCCAACGGGUGGUCUCACAAUCCCGCAUCUGAGACAACACCAUGCGAUCUCUCAUCUCAUGGACCCCAUCUUCUUGAUCUUUCAGACAUUUGAAAUGGGUUUCCGUUUCCCUGCAAUUAGAAGGACUUCAUUUACUAGUAGCCCAGCAUCUUCAAAAGCUGUAAAUGUGCCAAAGGGCUAUCUUGCAGUGUAUGUAGGAGAGAGAAUGAAGAGGUUUGUGAUCCCCAUGGCAUACUUGAACCAACCUUCAUUUCAAGACUUGCUGAGUCAAGCAGAGGAAGAAUUUGGAUACAAUCAUCCAAUGGGCGGUCUCACAAUUCCUUGCUCAGAAGAUGUCUUUCUGCAUAUUACUUCUCAAUUGGCUAUAAGCUUAUAG